AUGUCCACACGGCCUGACUAUUCUGACUUGGGACGUAUAGACGCAUAUCACCACAUGCAAGAUGGACCAGAGUCAGAAACAACGGAAGAAGUUGAGCCAACAAAUCAGCGCAUUGUUUAUAUCAAUACUCCCCAACCGGUGAAAUACUGCUCUAACAAAAUCAGCACUGCCAAAUACAAUAUUGCCUCUUUCCUUCCAAAAUUUUUAUUUGAACAGUUUGGGAGAUAUGCAAACAUAUUUUUUCUCUUCAUUGCAUUACUUCAGCAAAUUCCUAAUGUAUCACCAACAGGACGAUAUACCACAGCAGUUCCACUGUUAUUUAUCCUUACAGUGUCUGCAAUCAAAGAAAUUAUUGAAGAUUGGAAACGUCAUAGAGCUGAUGAAGGUGUUAACAAUCGAGAAGUCUUGGUGUUAAAAAAUGGGGACUGGCUUCCAGUUAAGUGGAUUGACGUAGCAGUGGGUGAUCUGGUGAAGAUAACAAGCAGCAAGUUCUUUCCAGCUGACCUGGUAUUAUUAUCUUCCAGUGAACCUCAAGGUAUGUGUUACAUAGAAACCUCUAACCUGGAUGGAGAGACCAACUUGAAAAUUCGACAGGGUGUGCCGCAAACAUCCAGGUUACUGACACAUCAAGACCUGAUGGAAAUCAGUGGCACCGUAGAAUGUGAAACACCAAAUCGUUUCCUCUAUGAUUUUGCUGGAAACAUUCGGCCUUCUGGCAGGCAGGCAAUUCCACUGGGACCAGACCAACUGUUAUUGCGUGGAGCCAUGUUGAGAAAUACCAAAUGGAUUUUUGGUAUUGUCAUUUACACAGGACAUGAGAGCAAAUUGAUGCUGAACUCAACAUCUGCACCUUUGAAGAGGUCUAAUGUAGAAAAAGUCACUAACCAGGCAAUUCUUAUCCUGUUUGUGAUUUUGAUAUUCUUAUCUUUGUUGAGUGCAAUUGCCAGUUUUGUGUGGACUCACAACCAUGUUAAUACAGAUUGGUAUCUAGGAUAUGCAGAAAUGGCUCCUAGCAAUUUUGGCUAUAAUCUUUUGACCUUCAUCAUUUUAUACAAUAAUUUGAUACCUAUAAGUCUUCAAGUGACUCUUGAGGUGGUCAAAUUUAUACAAGCUGUUUUCAUCAAUUGGGAUAUCGACAUGUAUCAUGAAGCAACUGAUACUCCAGCAAUGGCAAGAACUUCUAAUCUGAAUGAAGAAUUAGGACAAGUCAAAUAUAUCUUCACUGAUAAAACAGGCACAUUAACUAGGAAUAUUAUGGAAUUCAAGAGAUGUUCUAUUGCAGGAAUUAUAUAUGGCACUACUACAGAAGAUGAAGAGUUUAAUGAUCCAUUGUUGCUGGAAAAUUUGCAGAAACAUGAAACAUCUUCAAAAAUAAGAGAAUUCCUAACACUGAUGGCUGUAUGCCAUACAGUUGUGCCAGAAACUAAUGGGGAUGAUAGCAAUAUCAUUUACCAGGCAGCAUCUCCUGAUGAAGGAGCUUUAGUCCGAGGUGCCAAGAAAUUAGGUUUCAUAUUUACAACCAGAACUCCAGAAACUGUUACUGUUGAAGUGUUUGGCAAAAAUGAAACUUAUGAAGUUUUGAAUGUCUUAGAGUUUACAAGUGCACGUAAACGAAUGUCUGUUGUGUUUAGAUGUCCAGAUGGAAAGAUUAAACUUUUCUGCAAAGGAGCAGAUACAGUGAUAUAUGAACGUCUGGGUGAGAACCAGUUAUACAAGGACAUUACUUUGACACAUUUGGAAGAAUUUGCUACAACAGGUCUCAGGACUCUGUGUAUUGCCUCAGCAGAAAUUUCUCUAGAUUUUUACGAUGAAUGGAAGCACACUUACUAUAAAGCAAGUACAACUAUUCAAAAUAGAGAGAAAAAACUGGAGGAAGCUGCUGAGCUUAUUGAACAGAAUCUUAAUUUGCUUGGAGCCACAGCAAUUGAAGACCGACUCCAAGAGGGAGUACCAGAAAGUAUUGCCAAUCUAAUGAAAGCAGACAUGAAAAUCUGGGUCCUCACUGGAGACAAGCAAGAAACAGCUGUCAAUAUUGGUUAUUCAUGUAAACUGCUUACUCAGGGCACACCUCUAUUGAUGGUCAAUGAACAUAGCUUAGACGCAACAAGAGAAACUCUCCGAAGGCAUGUACAAGAUUUUGGAGAGCAUUUACGAAAAGAGAAUGAUGUUGCUUUAAUUAUUGAUGGCCAGACACUGAAAUAUGCCCUUCUUUGUGAUUGCCGGCAAGACUUUCUUGAUAUUGCUGUUUCAUGUAAAUCUGUUAUUUGCUGCAGAGUCUCCCCCAUCCAGAAAUCUGAGAUGGUUGAGCUUGUCAAAAAUUCUGUAAAAACUAUCACUUUAGCUAUUGGAGAUGGAGCCAAUGAUGUGGGCAUGAUCCAGUCUGCUCAUGUUGGUGUAGGCAUCAGUGGUAAUGAAGGGAUGCAAGCAGCAUGUGCCUCGGACUACGCUAUAGCUCAGUUCCGGUAUCUUAAUAAAUUGUUACUCGUCCAUGGAGCAUGGAGCUAUUCAAGAUUAUGUAAAUUGAUAUUGUAUUCUUUCUACAAGAAUAUAUGCUUAUAUGUCAUAGAGCUUUGGUUCAAUAUUGUUUGUGGUUUCUCAGGACAAAUUCUAUUUGAAAGGUGGACUCUUGGUUUUUACAAUGUGUUUUGGUUUGCCAUGGUUAAUGGUUUUUCCGGCCAGGUAGUAUUUGAACGAUGGAGCAUUGGUUUGUAUAAUGUGAUAUUCACUGCAUCCCCACCUCUUGUAUUAGGACUCUUUGAUCGCACAUGCAAUGCAGCAAAUAUGCUCAGAUUUCCAGCAUUAUAUAAAACAUCACAAAGUGGGGAACUUUUCAACAUCAAGGUAUUCUGGAUGUGGAUCAUCAAUUCCAUUUAUCAUUCCAUUUUACUGUUUUGGCUAACAGUCAUUGCACUCAAACAUGAUAUUCUUUAUACAAAUGGUGAAGUUGGUAAUUACUUACUGCUUGGAAACUUUGUAUAUACGCAGUUCUUCCAGAUCUUCAUCAAUAAGAAUUUCUUUGUUCUCUUCAAUAUGUUGAUGAACUACUUCCUCUAUCAUACUGGAAAAGCCUUCCCCAUCAAUUUCCCUGGCAACCUGCAAAAUCACCUUUACUUCAUCAAUUAUUGUGAAGUCCUUGAAGUUGUUGACUGCCUUGCUUUAUAA